AAGCCUCGAGCGCUGUGUCUCGUCACUAUAGUCGCGAAUGUGUUCAACAACUUGUGAUAGGUUUGUAACUUAAGUUUCAGUAUUCUACAAGACUGACAUUUCUCCUUCUAGCAAUGUAUUCAAGAUUCACAGUUAUAGUUUCGUCUUCAAUUUUGCCACUGAUGAUGUACAUUCUUUCUACGGUCGCAUAUCGAGGAUCUGACUGGUCGGGACAGAGGACGCCGUAUCCCGUGGGAGGAUAUCAUCAUCACCAGAGCUGGACAAACUGUUGUCCAUGGCCACCGAUGCAACCACCUCACAAGUUCACGCCUGAAUCUUCUCACAGCCCGCCACCUCACAAGUUCACGCCUGAAUCUUCUCACAGCCCGCCACCUCACAAGUUCACGCCUGAAUCUUCUCACAGCCCACCACCUCAAAAGUUCACCCCUGAAUCUUCUCACAGCCCACCACCUCACAAAUUUGUCCCUGAAUUUUCUCACAGCCCACCACCUCACAAGUUCACGCCUGAAUCUUCUCACAGCCCACCACCUCAAAAGUUCACCCCUGAAUCUUCUCACAGCCCGCCACCUCAGAAGUUAACCCCUGAAUCUUCUCACAGCCCGCCACCUCACAAAUUUGUCCCUGAAUUUUCUCACAGCCCGCCACCUCACAAGUUCACCCCUGAAUCUUCUCACAGCCCACCACCUCAAAAGUUCACCCCUGAAUCUUCUCACAGCCCACCACCUCACAAAUUUGUCCCUGAAUUUUCUCACAGCCCGCCACCUCAGAAGUUAACCCCUGAAUCUUCUCACAGCCCACCACCUCACAAAUUUGUCCCUGAAUUUUCUCACAGCCCGCCACCUCAGAAGUUAACCCCUGAAUCUUCUCACAGCCCACAUCACAAGUUCACCCCUGGAUCAUCGCAAAGUCUGCCUCCUAGCUUCUCACCCCUAAACAAACUGGGCAUGUCAUCCCCAGAAGUUAAUACUGCUGCAGAAUGUAAAGAUGGAGACAAGAUCUACAGACUAGGAGACAAGUGGACACCUACAGGAGGCUGUGGCAGACUGUCUUGUACAUCAGCUGGCAAAACUACCAUCCUAGGAUGCCCCGAUCCUGAGCCUCAAGUCAACUGCAGCACCAGUAAGCCAGAUCCUCGCCAGCCUUGGCCUUUCUGUUGUCCAAAACUAGAGUGUCCCUAGUCAUUGUACAUAUUUAUUCUAUACAGUAUAUGCUCAUUUAAUUGGUAGAUACCAUUGAAAGUGGCAAAUUAUUUUUCCAAUAUCAUAAUUUGUAUUAGUUGGUUAUUACGAUCUUUCUACGCGUGAAUAUUGUUAGUGGCUCGUUUUUUAAUCCAUU